AUUCCCCGUUAUCUAUUUUGGGGUUUUCAGAUCACAUCAUAUAUAUAUAUACGAAGUUUUGGAGCAAACAAAACUCGUGCAGAAAAUCCCAACAUAUAUUGUGUGUUUAAAUAAUUUCAAUACAUAUCAAAUUAUCUCAAAGCUACACAAUAUCACUAUUUAAUUGGCGGCUGAUCAAGUUUGAAUCGAUCCGAUUCUAAACUCCUUCGUAUAUAUAGCCUUUGAUCUACAAAGGGUAUUCUAAAUUCGUCAAGACUCGAUCUGGGUCAGCCUUACUUUUCCAUUUCUGCGAUUUACAUGUGCUUUCUGAAGGUGGCGAACCAGAGGAGCUCAGGUGACGGCCAACCGUUUCAUCAAGAACAAAACGACGACGUUGUCCCGGGGGACUAUGAGGAAGCUAGCGGAGAACUGAUGAGUAAUCAACCAGUACAAGGUGUAGUGCACCGUCAGGCUCUGUCGCCGUCUAUGUAUAUGGGGUAUAGUCAGCCGGCGGCGGAGAUGUCGGCUAUGGUGUCAGCUCUGACGCAUGUCGUAUCGGGACAGAGACAUGUCGUUUCGGGUUCAAGCGGUGGAGUUGCUUCAAGCUUCGGUCAAGUUUAUUCUGCGGCUAACCCUCGACCUUUGUCAGCUUUCUCUUCAAAUAAUAAUAAUAAUUCUUCUUCCUCCUCUGGCUCCUGGGUUGGUCAAAAGAGAGGCAGAGAAGAACAGACUCAAGCUCUGUUGAUGGAUCAAAGUAAUAGGGCUUAUAGAGGUGGCUAUGUUGAUUUCAGAGCAACUCAGCCGGAUAUCUCAACCGGUGCAACAGCAACUACAACGGCAACUACAACUGCUGAUGAAGAUGAUACCAAAUCUGUGACAACUGCCGCAAGCACCGCCACGGCCACCGCUUCCACCGCGGUAACAUUAACACCGCCGUCAACCGCUGAAGCUGUUUCCCAAGAAGAAACAGGCGAGAGAAGACGAAGAUACAGAGGAGUCCGGCAGCGACCCUGGGGAAAAUGGGCGGCCGAGAUUCGUGAUCCACACAAGGCAGCGAGAGUCUGGCUCGGCACAUUCGACACCGCCGAGGCUGCCGCUCGAGCCUACGACGAAGCCGCUUUAAGGUUCAGGGGAAACAGAGCCAAACUUAACUUCCCUGAGAAUGUCGGGUUAAUGCCACCCCAGCAACCCCUCCAGAGCUACGCACAGGCCAUCAACUCGAAUUCUGCACCAUCUCAUUUGGCGGCAAAUCUUUCCAUGCGGCCAUUGCAGUCAAUACCACUGCCACUGCAACACCAUCAACCGCUGUGCCAGUCUCAAUCUUUUCAGGGCUCCCCCGACUUCCUCAGAGACUACCUGGAUUACUCUCAUUUGCUUCAGAGCUCGAUCGACGUUCCCUCGCAGCAACAACCGCAGCCAACGAAUUUGCUGGAGCAGAUGUACUACAAUUCCCAGCUAGCUUCACUUCAGUCCUCGUUUUUGCAACAGCCACCACCCUCGUCGUCCACUUCGUCUUCCACAUUGCCCUCCUCUGCUUCCUCCCCUGCUUCAUUUCCUCUGUUUUUCUCGGAUCAUCAGCAGCAGCUAAGUUUUUAUGGGGCGCCGCAGAAUCAGAAUCCAGGCGGUUCAUCCGGCUUUCCCGGACAAUCAGGGUCACAAUCCGGGCACGAUCAUUCGUCUUCCGGCUAAUAAGUUCAUCAUUUUUUUUUCACUUAGUUCUUUCUUUGGAAAAUUCUAGUAUACAUUGAAUAUUUUCUUGUUCCUAGGUUCUGAUAUCAAAUCAUAUGAAUAUAGCCUGUAUUUUGCACUUAGUUUUUGUUGCUUUAUGUACUAUGGUAAAGGAGAUCAGAAAACCAGGGAAGAAAACAGAGAACUAUAGAGAUAGAAACAAAGCGGCACUUUGGAUUGUAGGUGUUAGUUUGUUCCCAUGUUAUC